AUGAAUGCUCUUGCAGCUACAAACCGUAACUUUCGUCAGGCCGCUCGAAUUCUUGGGCUGGAUUCCAAGAUUGAGAGAAGUCUUUUGAUUCCUUUCAGGGAAAUUAAGGUGGAGUGUACUAUUCCAAAAGAUGAUGGAACUUUGGUGUCUUUUGUUGGAUUCAGAGUGCAACAUGAUAACGCGCGUGGUCCCAUGAAGGGAGGAAUUCGAUACCAUCCAGAGGUUGACCCCGAUGAAGUUAAUGCGCUUGCCCAAUUAAUGACUUGGAAGACUGCUGUAGCCGAUAUACCAUAUGGUGGAGCUAAAGGUGGCAUUGGAUGUGUUCCCAAGGAGCUAAGCACAAGCGAGUUGGAACGCCUUACUCGUGUCUUCACACAGAAGAUUCAUGAUCUUAUUGGAGUUAAUACAGAUGUCCCUGCACCAGACAUGGGCACUAAUUCCCAGACUAUGGCAUGGAUUUUGGACGAGUACUCAAAGUUUCAUGGAUAUUCCCCUGCUAUUGUAACUGGGAAGCCCAUAGAUCUCGGGGGAUCUCUUGGCCGGGAAGCUGCCACUGGCCGUGGUGUUGUCUUCGGUACUGAAGCAUUACUUGCUGAACAUGGAAAGGCUAUCAAAGAUAUGACCUUUGCAAUUCAAGGGUUUGGAAAUGUUGGAUCUUGGGCCGCAAAGCUUAUUCACGAGAGAGGUGGCAAAGUUGUUGCAGUGAGUGACAUAACUGGAGCCAUUAAAAACCCUAAUGGUAUUGAUAUUCCAGCUCUGCUAACUCAUAAAGACAAAACUGGGAAGUUAGCUGAUUUCAAUGGUGGAGAUGCCAUGGAUCCAAAUGAGGUGCUCGUGUAUGACUGCGACGUUCUUGUGCCUUGUGCUCUAGGUGGAGUGCUGAACAGAGAAAAUGCUGGGGAUGUGAAGGCGAAGUUCAUCAUAGAGGCAGCUAACCAUCCUACUGAUCCAGAAGCUGAUGAGAUUCUCUCUAAGAAAGGUGUCAUAAUACUUCCUGAUAUCUAUGCUAACGCUGGAGGUGUCACCGUCAGUUACUUUGAGUGGGUUCAGAAUAUACAAGGGUUUAUGUGGGACGAAGCGAAAGUAAACAAUGAGCUUCAGAGAUACAUGACAAAAGCCUUCCAUAACAUUAAGAGCUUGUGCCAGACUCACAACUGCAAUCUCCGCAUGGGUGCAUUCACGCUUGGAGUGAACCGCGUUGCGCGUGCUACCCUUUUAAGGGGUUGGGAAGCCUAA